AGGAAUCACUGGUUAAAGGAGACGCUAUAAACUGCUCAGAUGUACAGAUCGUUGCUCAACACCGCUGCUCGUUCGUCAAGGAACACAUCCAGACAGCUGUCAAAGUCUAAGAGAUUGCUGUCCUCCUCUUCAUCGACAAAGACCAGUUCUGUCCCAAGAUGGAUUGCUCCUUCGUCCAUGCUGGCUUUAGGAUUGGCGUCUUAUUGCUACAUGUCUUCUCAGCCUGUUGCUCUUGACGCUAAGAAGACAACAUCAAAGACCGAGAAGAAAGCCCAGGAAGCUGGUGAAGCUACCAAGGCCGAGGAGCCUGUGAAGAAAGAUGGUGGUGUUGCCGAUGGUGACAAGAAGGUUGAUGACAAAGCUGAUGACAAAGCUGACGACGACAAGAAGGAAGGUAACCAAGGCCAGGAAGAAGGUGGCCAACAAGCUGCAUUUGAUCCAGAGACCGGUGUGAUCAACUGGGACUGUCCUUGUCUCGGAGGCAUGGCUCAUGGUCCAUGUGGUGAAGAGUUCAAGGAGGCAUUCUCAUGCUUUGUGUUCUCAGAAGCUGAGCCAAAGGGCUUUGACUGUAUCGAAAAGUUCAAGAACAUGCAGAACUGCUUCAGAAGAUACCCUGAUGUCUAUAGCGAAGAGAUUAGAGGCGACGACGAACCAGUAGACGAUUUCAACAAGCCAGAGGAUAAGUCCGCUGCUGCUGUUACUCCAACUGACAAACAAGUUGAUGCUCCAGCCGAGGGUGUCAUUGUCGAAGAAGUUGUACCAGUAGAAUCUGUCGUCAUCGAAGAAGUUGCAGUUCCAGAAAAGGGAAUCGUGUUCGAGAAAGUUUCUACACCAGAAGAAGGCGUCAUCUUUGAAGAAGUCUUUGUUGAUAGCGAAGCUUCAGAAGCUACUGCUAACCAAAGCGAAACCAAAUAGACAUAAACACAAGAUUGAUAUGCUUCAUUAGUUUAUCAAGUUUUAUAAAUCACACAAAAGAAUGUACAUAGCUCUCUCUAUAUAUAGGUACAUACAGUGUAUGUUAUAUUAGAUCAACGACUCGAUUCAGUGAUAUCGGAGUGUACUCUCUAUCCUGACUAGGAGUCUUCACGAAUAAAACGUCAUGUUCAAUAUAGCAGGUUAAU